ACGCCGGUUUUGACCCGGGCCUGCGCUCCCCGCGGUCCGGCUCCACUGCCCUCGAGACCUGAAUCACCCAGCUACCUAGUCAGCGCUCUCCCAUCUCCUGCCAGGACUCCGGUGCUAGUCUAAGAAUCCGGCGUCUGCAGGGACUCUGAUCCAAAUGUUUACUUUUUGCGGACACGUCGGUGACUUUGUCAUUUGUUUUUGUUUUGUUUUUUAGAAAAAUCGGAGGCAUCUACAGGAUUCGUCUCAACGGGAACUGAACCUGUUUGGGUGAACCGUUAGAUCACCGCAAAACGGGAAAUGCCAGCUAGAUUCCAGAGUGAAUCAACCUAAUAAAUUUUCCGCUGGUUUUGAGACAACUUUCAACUGAGGUCCAGCCACCUGUAGGUAUCUAGCAAUGCUCAGGGAGCAUGAGUCUGACCCAGGGUGUGACACCUUGAUAGCUAGCCUUCCAGAUGGCCCCCAUGGAUCUCUGCCGACUGGUCUUCACACCCUUUCCAAGCUCCCACUCACAGUGUACUAAGGUUCGUUUGUAUGAUGGUUAGCAUAUGGAGAACUGAUGGUCUAAGGGGUCUGAGAUUAAGUUUAAAAGAUGCCUUGACUCCCACCUUGCUUUCUCUCCCUCAUCCCUCCUUCUGGGGGAAACACAACGCCAUGUUGUGAGAGAGGCCCAGGCGAUGAGGAUCUGAACCUGCCAACAUGGAAGUAUGCUCAGAGCAGAGUCUUCUUCCCUAGAACCCUAAAAUGUCUGCAGCAGGACAAUGGCUGGACAGCAACCUUAGGAGAGACUGAGCUAGGACCACCGAGCUUUGCUGCUCUCAGAUGCCUGACCCUCAGAAAGUGUGGGAAAAAAAUGCUUGCUUGGGGGGUAAUUUAUUACACAGCAAUAAUAAAUACACAUGCUUAACUAGAUUUCCAGCCUCUUAUCAGGGUAAGGAACAGCCUAAGGUAAUGCCUUCUGAAGAUUCUGUUGAUCUGCCUGGCUACCAGGCAACAGCUGUGAUGUCAUCAGGAUUAGAACCCUCACUCGAUCUGGUCUUGCCAUUGUGGGAUGACAAGUCCCAGAUGAACAGACCUGUCUGCUUCGAUCCUUCAGUUUCGGCUCCUGGGAGACGACUCCAGGGGCCCUGCGCUGAGCGUCAUUUUCCAAAUCAGAGUUAACUCUGAACCGGAUGGGAGAGUCUUCCUCUGACACCUCUUAUUUUCCUGGUGAAGGAGGCAGAUAUUCCUCCCAGCUCUGACGGACAUCACUCAGGUCAGACACUCUGAUCCUGUUGGGAGUGUCGGUUCCUUGACCAUUAGAACCUCCUAACAGGAAGAUUUCUUCCAAAAGUAUAUAAUUUGUCUCUUCAACACUCACUGAGAGUUGAACAAUGACCAUAGUUGACAAAGCUUCUGAAUCUUCAGAUCCAUCAACCUAUCAGAACCAGCCUGGCAGUUCUGAGGCCGUCUCGCCUGGAGACAUGGAUGCAGGUUCUGCCAGCUGGGGUGCUGUGUCUUCGUUAAAUGAUGUUUCAAAUCACACGCUUUCUUUAGGACCAGUACCUGGUGCUGUAGUUUAUUCAAGUUCAUCUGUACCUGAAAAAUCAAAACCAUCACCACAAAAGGAUCAAGCCCUAGGUGAUGGCAUUGCUCCUCCACAAAAAGUUCUCUUCCCAUCUGAGAAGAUCUGUCUUAAAUGGCAACAGACUCAUAGAGUAGGAGCCGGGCUCCAGAAUUUGGGCAAUACCUGUUUUGCAAACGCAGCACUGCAGUGUUUAACUUACACGCCACCUCUCGCCAACUACAUGCUAUCACAUGAGCACUCCAAGACAUGUCAUGCAGAAGGAUUUUGCAUGAUGUGUACAAUGCAAGCACAUAUCACCCAGGCACUCAGUAAUCCUGGGGAUGUUAUUAAACCGAUGUUUGUCAUUAAUGAGAUGCGGCGUAUAGCCAGGCACUUCCGCUUUGGAAACCAAGAAGACGCCCACGAAUUCCUUCAGUACACUGUUGAUGCUAUGCAAAAAGCAUGCUUGAACGGCAGCAAUAAAUUGGACAGACACACCCAGGCCACCACACUCGUCUGUCAGAUAUUUGGAGGCUACCUAAGAUCUAGAGUCAAAUGUUUAAAUUGCAAAGGUGUUUCAGAUACUUUUGAUCCAUAUCUCGAUAUAACUUUGGAGAUAAAGGCCGCUCAGAGCGUCAACAAGGCACUGGAGCAGUUCGUGAAGCCGGAGCAGCUCGACGGGGAAAACGCGUACAAGUGCAGCAAGUGUAAAAAGAUGGUUCCAGCUUCAAAGAGAUUCACUAUACAUAGAUCUUCUAAUGUUCUUACACUUUCUCUGAAACGUUUUGCAAAUUUUACUGGUGGAAAAAUUGCUAAGGAUGUGAAAUACCCUGAGUAUCUUGAUAUUCGACCGUACAUGUCUCAACCAAACGGAGAGCCGAUCAUUUAUGUUUUGUAUGCAGUCCUGGUACACACUGGUUUUAACUGCCAUGCUGGCCAUUACUUCUGCUACAUAAAAGCUAGCAACGGCCUCUGGUACCAAAUGAACGACUCCAUCGUGUCUACCAGUGAUAUCAGAUCGGUACUCAGCCAGCAAGCUUACGUCCUCUUUUAUAUCAGGUCCCACGAUGUGAAAAACGGAGGUGAACUUCCUCAUUCCGCCCACAGCCCCGGCCAGUCCUCACCCCGACCGGUCAUCAGUCAGCGGGUUGUCGGCAGCAAACAGGCAGCCUCGGGAUUCAUUGGCCCACAGCUCCCCUCUCACAUGAUGAAGAACCCCCCUCACCUGAACGGGACGGGACCACUGAAGGAAACGCCGAGCAGCCCCCUGUCAGGUCCCAGCGGGAAUUCCAGUGUCAGCAGGACUGGUCCUGUGAACGCCUCCCCGUCUGUUCAGAACUGGUCAGUUAACAGGCCCUCAGUUAUUCCAGAACACCCCAAGAAACAGAAAAUCACGAUCAGUAUUCACAACAAGUUACCUGUGCGCCAAGGUCAGUCUCAGUCUAACCUUCACAGCAAUUCUUUGGAGCACCCCAACAAGCCCGCCCCCUCUUCUACCAUUACCACUUCUUCUGCAAUACAGUCUACCUCGAGUGCCCCCACGCCGCCCGCCUCUAGUAAGGUCCCAAAGCAGAUGGCCCCGAGGGAGGCCUGCUCCAGGCCUGUGAUGAACGGCAGGUCCAGGCUGAGCGCUGGCGUGCUGGUCCCCUACGGCGCCGAGUCCUCCGAGGAGUCUGAUGAGGAGGCCAAGGGCCUCGGCCAGGAGAACGGCCUCGGGCUGACCGAGAGCGCGUGCUCCCCUGCUCCAGACGCCGAAGACGGCGAGGCCUCCCCGCACGAGCUCCGAGAGCCCGUGGCUCUAAAUGGUGCUACUGGUCCGGACAGCGACCUGACGGAAAAUGGCCUGCCCUCGGACGGGGCCCCUUGCCCAGGCCAGCCCGCGCUGCACUCAGAACACCCCUUUCCCAAGGCAAACGGCCUCCCUGGGAAGUUGAUGCCUGCUCCUUUGCCACCUCUUCCAGAAGACAAAAUCUUAGAGACCUUCAAACUCGGCAGCAAAGCCAAAGGCCUGGCAGAGGAGACGAGGACACCUGGCUCAGAGGAGAGACCUCUGGAGCAUCCGGAGGCAGAGCUGGAGGCCAGCCACUCCUCUCCCGAAGACGCCCGGGAAAACCUGGAGUCUGUCUCGAGUCUCAGCAGCAAAUUCAAGAAGAUUUUGCCACCCUCGGACCCCAGCAUCAAACCUACCAAAGAAGGAGUCUCUGAACAUGUUUUGGCAGAACCCGAGGAGGCCGUGCCGAGUAUCAGCACCUUUUGUAACCCCGACAAGGAUGCCCUCGGGGACGAUCAGCUUCCAGCACCCUGUGAGCCUGGGAGCUUAACAGACGAUCAGAGCAAACCAUCCCCGGACGUGGGAGGGACGUUAGCAGAGCGGCCCCAGGAGCCGGUGGCCACGGAAGCCACAGGGAGGCUGAGCCCGGGUCCCUCUGUGCCUUCUGAGGGCAACUGUGAGCCCGAGCCCUUGGGUCGGGACAGAGGCUCGGAUGCAGAGGGCCCCGCCAGGAGCACGGGGGUGUCCACAGACGAGGUGCCCUCUCCGCAGCUAGACACGAUCACAGAAGACCGUCCCGAGGGGCCCCUCGAGUGCAGCAGCGGUGAGAGAGGGGAAGACAGUAAGGCUGGGCAGAAGGCCCCGGAGCCGUGUCCGGUCCAGGAGAAGGUCAGCAGCCUCAGAAAGGUCGACCGAGGACAUUACCGCAGCCGAAGAGACCGCUCGUCCAGCGGCGAGCGCGCACGGGAGAGCCGGAGCAGGACUGAGGUGCAACAUCGGCGGAAGCGGCCCCACAGGGAGCACGAGCGGCCGCGGCCCGAGCGGCCCCGGCCGGAGCCCUGCGCCCCGGCCCCGCAGCCCCCCUGCCUCAGCUCCCUGGCCAGGUCAGGCCAUCACCACUCCCGGAGCAGGGGCGCCCCCGACCAGGAGUGGGGCCGCUACCACCACGCUGAAGGCGAGCAUGCCUGGGCCCGGGAGAAGUACUACCCGGAGAGGCUGCGCUGGGAGCGCUGCCGGUACCACCACGACAGGUCCCCCCUGUACCCCAGCCGGGAGCCCCGGGACUGGCGGCCCUUUCACGCUGAGCGAGAGUACGAGCGGGCCGGGCCCUACGGCGGCCGGCCCUACAAGGACCACUACAGAGGCCGCAAGGGCUAUGAGCUGGCGGCCAAAGAGAGGGACCGGCACCGCUUCAGCAGCCCCCGGGUAGGCAUGGCCCAUGCGCCCCCUCCACACCCCGCCGCCAAGUAUGCCCACGACAGGCUUGGCUUCGGGGCUGAAGACAGCAGCUGCGACCUGGCGGGGCGGUUUCAUGAACAUGACGUUAAGUCACGGAAACGGAGAUAUGAUAGCCUAGAGAAUGACAGUCAUGUAGAAAAGAAAGCCUGGAGAAGUUUACAGAAGGACCCUUUAGAGGAGCCCAAAGUAAAGAAGCACAAAAAAUCAAAGAAGAAGAAGAAAUCCAAAGACAAACACCGGGACCGAGACUCCAGGCAUCAGCAGGAUUCAGACCUUUCCGUAGUGCACUCUGACGCUGACCUCCACAGACACAAGAAGAAGAAGAAGAAAAAGAAGAGACACUCGAGGAAAUCAGAGGACUUUGGGCGAGAUUCAGAACCGCGCUUGCCCAAGGCAGCCAGCUGUGAGACUGUGGACCAUUUCCGGAGAGCCGAGGGCACCUUCCCCCUUGCAGACGGCCUGCCGCUGGAGGGCGCGGCACCUUUCUGUGAGAAAACCAAACACUUCAGGAUGGAGAGCCGGGAGGUCAGGUGUCGUCUGUCCGAGUGCGGCCAGGAUGGCAACAAUGUGCAUUUCCACCUUGCUUUCCACGAACAUUUCCGCCGUUUGGGGCAGGGGCUUGGUGAGAUGAGCCCCUUCUGACCGCGUGAGGUGAAGUGGUCCGGGCAGGUCCUCGGGAAUUCUGCGUGUCUGCCUGAAUCUUGCUCUUCAGGCUGCAGGUCUAAGGUGAGGACCACAGCCGGAGCCACCAGCCCACCACGGGCACGGCUCACCCACAGAGCUGGCUCGGGGGACACUAGGUGGCACGCGAAGCCCAGUAGUGGACAUGUGGUGGCCCACAUGCAGGUCUCCAGGGGCUGCAGGUGGCAGACCCUUUCCUGUCUUCAAUCUGAUGGCAUCUGAUGACACUCGGACGCCCAUCCUGUCCUGACCUCCUGGGAAGGGCCACCCCCAAGGGCCAGCACCGCUGUCAGCUUUCAGAGGAUGGACCUCAUUGCCUGCCUGUCUGUCCUGCCGCCUUGACCACUCUUUCCUCCAGACUCCUGUUCUCUGGCGCCAUCAGGCUCUGGAUUUCUUUGGCCCGACGUUGAAAUGCUGUUGGGUUUGCUGGGAUCAGAUUGGGCUGUUCCCACGGGGACAUGGCCCUCAGUCACCACGUAAACGCGUUUCAGUGAAACCCUUGGAAGCACAGCUCGUGUAGGACUGAUUUCGGGCAACAAACCUAAGUUUCUGAGAACUGCUUCUAAGUUAAUGAUGUGAUACACACAGAGCACAGGCACUAAAAUUUUUGCAAAAAACAUCAUUAAAAUGGUCUCCAACCUUUGCUUUCUAGGUGAUUGAAAACUUGGCCUCAAAAAAAAAAAAUUCGCUAGUUACGAUUCACGUGUUCAACAGAAGCCAUCCCCAACCCAGCUUAAAUUAUAAAUAGAGAAAAUAACUUUGUUCAAAUCUGCGUGGUGCUUCUUUAGUAAAUACUGUACAGAUUUUACCAUGGAGGACUUUUUUUUUUUUUUUUAGUUUUUACCUUUUCUUAAUUACCCUUAUUCCAAACGGAUGAACACUUUCUACAACUGCUGACCAUUGUAAAAUACUGUGUAUAUAAAUCACAUUGAAAAUAACGCCCUGGACUAGAACAUCUCAAAUGCUGCUUAAUCACAGACUCAGGUUGAUCACUCGUAUUCCAUGCAAUGCUCCUCCAAGUUAGAUAUCCGGUGCAAGACCAACCGGGAAACCAUGGAAUUAUUAAAAGUACAAACUGACAGCGUGUAUAUUUAAUUUAAAGACUUAUUUAAAGAUUCACAAGCUCUCAACUAGACUUUUGAGAGCAGUCUGUUUUCUGUAAUGUCUGAUACUAGAAACUAAUUUGCUUCAUAUUUUAGUUGUAUUCAAGAUUUGAAGAUGUAUUUUAUAGACAAGUUCUGUUUUUGAACUUUGUGGAACUAUUCCAAUCAAUUUACCAGUUAUGAUGAGUAUUUACAUUAUGAAUGUAUAAUCCAAACAUUAUUUGUAAGGCCUACAGUAUGUUUUUAUUACAUAACACUUUUUUAUACAGUGUCUCGUCUUGACUAUGAUAUUGGAGUCUGAGUUGUCAGCUUGGUCCCUUAAAGUUUCUAGUUACAGACAAAAUCAUACUGUGAUUUUAUUUUUAAUAUGGAUAUGCUAUCAAACUGUGAUACACUUAUAAUUCACUGGUCCUGCAUCAGGAGAUGGAGUGGGGAAAACUGUAUUUAAUACAGUUUGUAUCUGAAUAAUCUGUAUGGUUUAUACAGUUUGUGUUGUUCAGAGAUGUCUAAAGUUUGAUCUUUGUUUUUUUAAAGAUUAAAAAAGCACUUGCCCCACUGUAAAUAUACAGCAUGUAAAAUUUAUAUAGUAUAUAAAUGGCAGCAAAUUAAACCUUUUGUGUCUUA